AUGAGUGAUUUUAGAUGGUAUAAAGAUAUAUUCUUAUCCAGAGUUAUGAUGAGAGAUGAUAGUAACAAACCAUUCUGGAAAGAAAAAUUCAUUAAUGGAUUACCUAAUCUUUUUGCUCAUAAGAUUAGAGAUACUCUUAGUAAAGCCACAGGUAACAUUGACUAUGAUACUCUCACAUAUGGCAAUAUCUUCAGCCUAAUCCAAAAGGAAGGAUUAAGAAUGUGUAUUGACAUGAAAAUUAGUAACCAAUUACAAGAUGAUAGGAAAAGAGCUAAAUAUGAAAUGGGAACCUUUUGUAAACAAUAUGGUCUUCCACCCUUAGCUCCCUCUAGACAAAACCCAAAAUCACAAAAGAAGAGUUACAAAGGUUACGGUAGACAUUACAAAAACAGGAAACCAGUCUUUCCAAAAACUGAAUAUUAUUGUCAAAAGCCUAAAAAGAAAUUUAGUAAAAAGGUUUUUAAGAAAAAGAAUACCCCUACUACCAUAGAUAUUAGCAAAGUUAAAUGUCACAAAUGUGGUCGUCUAGGUCACUUUGCAAAAGAUUGCUAUGCAAAAACAAAGAUCAAUCAGUUACAAAUCCCCAGUGAGAUUAAAGAAUCCAUUUAUCAAAUUCUUCAGUUAAAAGAUACUGAUGAUAACAAUAGUGAUCCAGAAGUUGGUUCCUCCUCCCAGUCAUCUAAUGCUUCUCAGUUCUCCCAAUAUUACACUAGGAUGUAA